ACACUUUUGACCUUGAAAUGAAAGUAGUCUCGAAAAGCAUGUUUCAUCUCUAUCGGUGGCCAGCACAAAAAUGGAUCAGAAAUAAAGAGCUAUUUCAAUUCACUGUUAAUUAUGCUGUUGUUUUAGUGAAAGGUACUAAAACACAUACAGGGUCGACAAUAUCAGCAAGUAAUAAUCGUGUUGGACAAAAGACAACAGUUAAACAAAAGGCAAAUCAGCUGGUGCUUACAAGAACUUAUUUUUCAAAUUCAUUUAGAGAGUCCAAAAAACCAGAACCUGAUCGAUUUAGUAAAGAUUAUAGUGAUGGUGUGGGAAAGGAAUAUCACUUGGUCUAUGCCCUACACAACUUCGACACAGGAUAUCGAUUUUUUUUAGGCCUCUGUGUAUCUGUACCAUUGAUCUUUCUGCAACGUAUUUGCAGUUAUAUUUACCAAUAUUAUAAUGAAUUAGAAUACACAUCCAACAGCCUCCAGGGGAUGUUAAGUAACUGUAUUGAAAUAAUCAACAGUUUACCUCCAUCAUAUCUAUGGAUAUUCACAAUAGCUUAUAUCACCUUGAUUGGAACUAUAGGACACCAUGUUUUUGUGAAGAACAGCAUUGGCAGGCUCUACUACAAUUCAAAACAGGACCGUUAUACAGCUAUUGUAUUCAAGUAUGGAUUUAAAAGGAAGAUCGAAUUUAGUAGAAAGGACAUAGUGAGAAAACCAGUCUUUUUUGAAAAGGUCAUUCAGAAAACUGGAAUUACUGUAGGGGAGAAGAAAAGAUACUUUGUUUAUGAAAAAUAUUUUAAAAACACUGUUGAUAAUAACCGGUUUUUCUCGGAGGUAGCCUCCUCUGACUAUCUUGAUGAAAUAAACAGGUCACAUAGAUCAAAACCCAAAUGAUUGCACAUUUAAUAUAAUGAAAAUAAAAUAUGAAAUCAA